UCCAUUGGUGGAUUACAUGGGAAGAUCCAGAAUUGCUUUCAUAUGCUAAUUUGUAGCAGUCGAAGAAUGUUCUUGUUCAAGUCUCAGACUGCCUGAAUUCUAUUUAAACACAGACUCAGCUGAGGUAAGAACAUUGAAGCACGGGAGAAUGAAGCCAGAAGGAACAGCUGGUCAAGAAUCCAAAGAAUUAGGACUGAGGAGAGGAUUUCCAAUACUAGAACUUGUGCUCAGAGUUGUUGCAAUUCUUGGGACAUUAGCAAGUGCUGUGGCAAUGGGAACAACUGAUCAAACACUUCCCUUCUCCACGCAAACUGUGUUAUUCCAGGCUCAAUACGACGAUAUCCCAACUUUCAGGUUCUUUGUGAUCACAAAUGCACUAGUAUCUGGAUAUCUUGCAAUUUCUCUUCCUAUGGCCGUUUAUCACGUUAUCAGAACAGGAGCAGCAAAGAGUCGAGCAUUGCUGAUUUUCUUGGACGCGACAAUGUUGUCCGUACUAACUGCAGGAGCCUCCGCAGCAGCAGCCAUCGUAUAUUUAGCACACAAGGGGAACGCAUCAGCAAAUUGGCUUGCUAUUUGUCAACAGUACCAGAAAUUUUGCGAGCGAAUCACAGGAUCUUUGAUUGGUUCUUUUGGUGUAGUUCUUAUUUUUGUUCUGUUGAUCCCUUUGUCAGGUUUAGUAUUGACUAGGCAGCGGUUAUUGCCAAGAGUUGUGUGAUGAUGAGACAAUGAUCGAUGUGCUUCGUAGGUUGUACCAAUGGAUUAUGAAUUUUCGUUGCUACGACACUGCUGCGGAAUUUUGGUGGAAAAAAUUGCUAAAUGAUAUUCGUAGACUACAAAAUUUCCACUU